UUCGGCAGUGAAGAAUGUUGGUGUUUCUGCUUCUCUCUCAUCUAUCCCUCUCAGGUGCCUUGCAGAGUGGCAUCUUUGGUGGUCGUGAGGCCAAGCCCCACUCCAGACCCUACAUGGCCUCACUGCAGACACGAGGACACCAUGUGUGUGGAGGGGUGCUGAUCAGAGAGGACUACGUACUGACUGCUGCACACUGUUAUAAUCGCAGGCCAUUAACAGUUGUGCUGGGAGCCCAUAACAUCAGUAAGCAGGAGAAGAGCCAACAGCAUAUCAACAUUGACAACAGUGACUACAUCCCACACCCAGAUUACCCCAAGGAAAAGCUUAGUAAUGACAACCCCAGGACUCGACAUCAUGACAUCAUGCUGUUGAAGCUGCAGACCAAGGCUAAGCUGAAGAAAAAAAAAGUUCAGGUGCUGGAGCUCCCUAAGGUGGGUGAGAAGAUCAUCAUCCCGGCAGGCGUGCAGUGUGAGGUGGCAGGAUGGGGGAGAAGAUGCUUUGGGAAGCAAGCAGAGAGUGUCCUGUAUGAAGCUAAAGUCACACUGAAGCUACCAAAAGAAUGCAAAGACAUAUGGCAACAGUAUUAUGACCAGGCCCAGAUGACCUGCAGUGUCCCUGACGGCAAAGAGGGAUUCUGCCAGGGUGAUUCCGGAGGUCCUCUUAUCUGUGCAAAGGGCAAGGCCAAGAUCCUGUAUGGAGUCACAGCCUACACAGGUGCACCAUGUGACACCCCAGAAUACCCAGAAGUCUACACGAGAGUGCCCCACUUCCUGCCCUGGAUUGAAAAAGUUCUUAGUGUAAAGAACACUCUGUAG